AUGGCCGACGUCGAGAUGAGCGACGCUCCAGUGGCCAAGAAGGCCGACGGCGUCGUCGCCAAGGGAAGCGAUAAGAAGAAGUUUGAGGUCAAGAAGUGGAACGCCGUUGCCCUCUGGGCCUGGGAUAUCGUCGUCGACAACUGCGCUAUCUGCCGUAAUCACAUCAUGGACCUCUGUAUCGAGUGCCAGGCAAACCAAGCAUCAGCCACCAGCGAAGAGUGUACCGUUGCCUGGGGUAUCUGCAACCAUGCUUUCCACUUCCACUGCAUUUCACGAUGGCUCAAGGCCAGAUCGGUCUGUCCCCUAGACAACAGAGACUGGGAGUUCCAAAAGUACGGCCGGUAG